AUGGGUGGCCGCGAACGCACUCAGCCGUAUUUCGGUCUUUCCGGCCCACGACUCAAUCAAGCCAUCGCUACCCUAUCUGGCAUGGGAUUUUUAUUAUUUGGAUAUGAUCAAGGUGUGAUGGGUGGUUUGUUAACCUUGCCCACCUUUGUGGAGGUCUUCCCCGAAAUCGACACUAUCUCAUCGCACCUUACCACUGCUCAGAAAAAUUCAAACUCCACUCUACAAGGUGCUGCAGUAGCCCUUUACGAGAUUGGUUGCAUGAUGGGAGCGAUCUCUUGUGUCUACGUUGGUGACAAGUUUGGUCGACGGAAAGUAAUCUUUGCGGGAGCCGCAGUCAUGGUGAUCGGGACAAUUCUUCAGGCGUCUGCAUUUGGUUUGGCGCAACUCAUAGUGGGAAGAAUUGUCACUGGGUAUGGAAAUGGCUUCAUUACUGCUAGCGUACCAGUUUGGCAAUCGGAAUGCUCAAAAGCUCACGAGCGUGGAAAACUAGUCAUGUUAGAGGGUACUUUGAUCACUGCAGGAAUCAUGAUCAGUUAUUGGGUCGAUUUUGGAUUGUACUUUGCUAGCCACUCCUCAGUAUCUUGGAGAUUUCCAAUUGCUUUCCAAGUCGUCUUUGCACUCAUUAUCAUGGCCACAGUUCUUUCUUUACCUGAAUCUCCUAGAUGGUUGAUCAAAAAAGGAAUGAUCGAUGAAGCUCGAUCUGUUCUGGCAUCAUUGGAUGGACUUAGUGACCCACAUCACCACACAGUCAACAAGGUGAUCACGGAUGUUCAAAAGUCUUUGACCACUGAUGAUCAAGCCAAAUCUUCAAGCGCACGAAAUAUGUUCAAGAUGGGAAAAACGCGCAAUUUUCACCGAGCUUUAUUGGCUUUCAUGAGCCAAUGUUUUCAACAAAUCAGUGGAAUCAAUUUGAUCACUUAUUAUGCUGCUACUAUCUACGAAAAUUAUCUGCACUUGAGCCCAGUGUUAUCCCGAGUAUUGGCCGCUUGUACUGGGACGGAAUUCUUCAUGGCUUCUUGGAUUGCGGUGUAUACGAUCGAGCGAUGCGGUCGACGAAAAUUAAUGUUGAUCGGUGCAGUGGGUAUGGCUUUGAGUAUGGGUGUCUUGGCCUUCGCCGCAUGGGCCAUCGAUCCACAUGAGGGAAUCAAUAGCAGCGCUGCUGCGAUUGUUGCUACCGUCUUCCUAUUUGUCUUCAAUACAUUUUUCGCUAUCGGAUGGCUUGGUAUGAGUUGGUUGUAUCCUGCCGAGGUCGUACCACUUGAAAUUCGUGCCGCUGCUACUGGUGUCAGUACCGCAUCUAAUUGGAUCUUCAACUUCCUCAUCGUUCUCAUUACGCCUGUCGCCUUCCAACACAUUGGCUGGAAAACAUAUAUCAUCUUUGCAGCAAUCAACAGCUUCAUUGUUCCAAGUGUUUAUUUCUUCUUUCCUGAAACUGCUUAUCGAUCCCUAGAAGAGAUUGACGCUAUCUUUCAAAAAUCAGGUUGGUUAAGUGUUGUGUAUAAUGCUAGACCAAGUGUGACCCCAUUAGCUAUGUUAUCUACCUCAUCCCAUAUGGAUGACAUUGAUACUACAUUGGCUCCACAAGAUACUGAAAACGAAAAAGGAAUAGACACCCCAAUAGACUCCAUCUUGAAGCUUUGAUUUAUCAAGUCUUCACUUCUACUUACAUGAAUUUCGGUAAUCUUACAACGCUUCACACAUCUAGUCAUUCACUUGAAUCUUUUAUUUCUCUUCCACACCGGCUGUAUAGAUAUGUAAACUAUUCAUUUUUCAAUUUCUUUUAAUCUUCUGUCAUAAAUUUUCUUCAUUUCCAUCUCUCUCCACAAAUUCAUUCACUUCUUUUUCUCUUCACUUUAUACCUUUCGACUCUGGAUUCAACAGAGGCUUCAAGCAUUGUAUCUUUUCUUUUUCUAAAAUACUACUGUAACUCGAAUUCAAAAUCACAAUUGACACUCCUUUUUCAUGUGU